CCAAAUUUAAUCAGAAUUUUAUUAGGAUGAGAUGGUUUGGGGUUAGUUUCUUAUUGUUUAGUUAUUUAUUUUCAAAAUGUAAAAUCUUAUAAUGCUGGUAUAUUAACUGCGCUAUCAAAUCGAAUUGGGGAUGUAGCGUUGUUAUUAGCAAUUGCUUGAAUAUUAAAUUAUGGGAGAUGAAAUUAUGUAUUUUAUUUAGAAAUUAUACAAAAUGAGUUUGAAAUAAUAGUAAUUGGUUCAUUAGUUAUACUUGCUGCUAUAACAAAAAGAGCUCAAAUUCCCUUUUCUUCUUGGUUACCUGCUGCUAUAGCAGCUCCUACACCAGUUUCUGCUUUAGUUCAUUCUUCAACUUUAGUAACUGCGGGGGUGUACCUUUUAAUUCGAUUUAAUAUUUUAUUAGCAAAUUCUUGAAUAGGGCAAUUGUUAUUACUUUUAUCUGGUUUAACUAUAUUUAUAGCAGGGUUAGGGGCAAAUUUUGAAUUUGAUUUAAAAAAAAUUAUUGCCUUAUCAACAUUAAGUCAGUUGGGGUUAAUAAUAAGAAUUUUAUCUAUAGGAUUUUACAAAUUAGCCAUGUUUCAUUUAUUAACUCAUGCUUUAUUCAAAGCUUUAUUAUUUAUAUGCGCAGGGGCUAUUAUUCAUAAUAUAAAUAAUUCUCAAGAUAUUCGGUUAAUAGGAGGUUUAAGAAUCCAUAUACCUUUAACUUCUGCUUGUUUUAAUGUUUCUAAUUUAGCUUUAUGCGGGAUACCUUUUUUAGCUGGAUUUUAUUCUAAGGAUAUAAUUUUAGAAGUAGUAAUAAUCAGAAAUAUUAAUAUAUUUUCUUUUUUUUUAUAUUUUUUUUCUACAGGUUUAACUGUUUGUUAUUCUUUUCGGUUAGUAUAUUAUUCAAUAACUGGAGAAUUAAAUUGUAGAAGAUUAAAUAUAUUAAAUGAUGAAGGUUGAGUUAUACUUCGAGGUAUAUUAGGUUUGUUAAUUAUAAGAAUUAUUGGAGGAAGUAUGUUAAAUUGAUUAAUUUUUCCUUCCCCUUAUAUAAUUUGUUUACCAUUUUAUAUAAAAUUAUUAAUUUUGUUUGUUUGUGUUGUAGGGGGGAUUUUAGGUUAUUUAAUUUCUUUAAUAAAAUUGUACAGUGUUAAUAAAUCUUUAAAAAAUUAUAAUUUAGUUUAUUUUUUAGGUUCAAUAUGGUUUAUACCAUAUAUUAGAACUUAUGGUUUAAUUUUCUUUCCAUUAAAUUAUGGUCAAGUUGUUGUGAAAAGAUUUGAUCAAGGUUGGUCAGAGUAUUUCGGGGGUCAACAUUUAUACCAAAGUUUAGUAAAUUAUUCUCAAGUUUUAUUUUUUAUACAUAACAAUAAUUUAAAAAUUUAUUUAUUAUUAUUUGUGUUUUGAGUUUUAAUUUUAUUUAACUUUUUAAUAUUUUUAUA